AUGCUCAAGGAUGCACCGUUAAAAGAUCGCCACCAAGUCCCCCUGCUCAUCCCGUCUUGCACCCUAUCCGAGCCCGAAGAGUUCAGACGAUGUGCCCAAUCAACUGACGCCUUUGAGCUGUCGAAGCUCAUUCUUACAUCUCUAAACCGGCCGGCACCGGAACGGAAAACCCGUCACCUAUCUAGUCAGAAGAGACAAGAAGGUACACGUUGGGACGGGCGGACCGUCAGGUUUCUGACGAUUCAAAACAUUGGCAAAGUCCCAUAUUGCCCGUGUACCUCUGACCGAGUGUCGCCCGUUCAGCCGUCGUUCCGCGGCCGUUGGGAAAACUUUGGAGGAUUCCGAGCGGCCGUCAAUAAUUCCUUUUGGAUCGCGAGAUAUUGA